AUGGGAUCAGGUAUAACAUCAGGCGAGUGUAGCGAACGAGAUACUGUCAAUAUAAGCCAGUGGGCAGUUUCUGCGUGGCUGUACACUCCCUUGGAUACCUCUAUUACUACUAUCGUCAUACCCAUCCUCUGGAGCCUUGGUAUCAUCACUAACCUGACUUUUCUGUUUGUCAUCGUCCGCGUUCCCAAACUGAGAUCAGAUACCAACAUAUAUUUGGCACACCUGUCUCUUGCUGAUCUUCUGUUUUUGAAUUUGACAUCUACGUACUCAGUGUGGCGUUACGUAGAUUCCCCAGUGGCCUACCAUUUCCCCUUCGUGAGUACCGCCCAAUGCAUUUCCUAUUUCACUUUCACCAAUACCGGCUACUAUGCAUCCAUUGCACUUGUGACUGUGGUCUCACUUGAGAGAUACCUCGCCCUGUGCCAUCCCAUGAAACAUCUCGCCAUUCGCGGACGAAGACGCACCUAUAGAAUGAUUGGCAUCUGCUGGCUGGUAGGGCUACUGUUUGCUGUGUUCACAUCGUUGAGCCAGGCAAUUCUUCAUGUGCAGUGUUUGCGGUGGCCGGAUGAUGACGCCUAUCAAGACUACCCAUCGAGCAGAGCAUACUGUGCUUCGGUAGCACCAUGGGUAAGCUACUACAAUCCACCAGUGCUGAAUAUUCCUUGGCUCAUUGCAAUGGUGGCCAACAGUUACAUGUAUGUGCGCAUCGUACACAUGCUCAACAAACGUAGCGGUCAAAACUUGGUCAGUAAUGGCCCCAACGCAAUUAAGAUCCGAAAUCAAGUGGCCAAAAUGCUGGUUGUUAACGGCGUAGUUUUCUUCCUUUGCCAGACCCCAUAUCGUAUCUACAGCUUAUCUGGAUGGAUCUGUUCAUUGGUUGGUAUUCGUAAUCCUCUCUGGUUACCGGGGAUCAGUGCCUGGAUUGCCAAUAUUCCCCAAUUCAUCAACACGCUCAUUAAUCCGCUGAUCUAUGGCGCUGUCAAUAGGCAAUAUCGCAUUGCUUUCGUGCAGGCCUUUCGUUGCAAAAGUCAUCACUCCACCGGACAACACUCGCCGUCACAGCCCACUUUUACAACGCGUGCAGCUAGUUCCAAACCCUCAACCGUUGAGGAGGAUACCAAACUGUGAAUGCUGUACUAUAAUUGUUUCAUUCAUGU